AUGCCAUUCAUCGGAGAGUUGCCUGGGUUGUGGUGGGAUGAAGAGAGGAGCAAGUACUAUCCAUUGUCGAUGAAGAAUAAGAGUACUAGCACUACAACGAAAACGAUUGCUUCAACGAAUACCCCAAUCACACCAAAUCACAACAUCCACAUUCACCGCCCACUCCACCUCCGCUACACAGACAUACUUGAUUUAAAAAACAAUCAGACAACCAAGCUACUGCGUACUGCUACUGCACGAAAGUACCACCACUUUUACCCGAUUCGCGCAAUUGCUCAAUUGGGCAAUGGCAAGGUAGUAGUGGCCACUUCGCAGAUGAAUUCACAGGUGCAGUUAGUGGAUCUUGAGAGUGAUCAGCGCAGGUUUAUACUUGAGUCGAGUCCAGGUUGUGUGGUGGGUGUGGUGGGAGGUGGAGGUGCUGUAGCUGUUGCCGGUGGAGAAUUCCGCGGUGGAAUUGGAGAAUCGCAAUCACAUCGAGUUGGCAUUAUCAAAGUCGCUUCUAACGUAACUAAUCUGUUCGAGACCAACUUUGAUGCACAGUCACUCGUACAUAUAGCUAGCAUUCCCAAUCCAGACUACAUGGACUGCGCUUGGGAUGGCCAGCGGUAUUUGCUCGCAGUUGGGAAGACGUUGAAUAGGAUUGACAGGAGUACUCAGCGUGCACAGAGGAUCAGGUACAAAUCAGAUGUCAUCUCCGUCGCUGCACUCUCACCGAAUGAGACUAUCUGUGGCUUACGCAACGGGGAAUUGCACUUGCAUGACUGGCGGGGGCGUGCUGAGCCAGCAAGGCCGGUGCACGUAUUCAGCAAAUCAGUAAACCGACUCUGGAGGCUAGGUGAAGGGAGUGUGUUCAUUAUAUCUACAAUGUUCAGCCAACUGUUUCUGUACGAUAUUCGGAGAAAGAUGUUUAUGUCGUCACUCCGCGGAAAUAAAAACGGAAACGUGGUGAAGCUGCCAUUCACAGUGGUGGGUGGUGCUAGUGAUGCCCACCUAUGCAUUGUAGGUGAAGAUGCAGUGCUGCGAACAUGGUCGCUGCGAACGUCCGAACUCAGAGGUGCUCGAGCGUGCAGGAAUACGACCAUGUCCGUUGAAUCUGUCCAAACAAAAGCAUUUCAAGAUCAGAAGCCAGGUACUUCUGGUCUGAGAAAGCGCGUUAAAGUGUUCCAGCAAGACCACUACACUGAAAACUUUGUAUGGGCCACGCUGCAAGCCAUGAAAGCGCCAUCCGCCAAAGGCUCUACUCUCGUUCUCGGCGGUGAUGGCCGCUACUACGGCAUUGAGUGUGCACAGAAAGUACUCAAGCUGUGUGCAGCUGCUGGCGUUAACAAGGUCAUCGUUGGCCAGAAUGCUAUCCUCUCCACCCCUGCUGCCUCCAACUUGAUCAGAAAGUAUAAGGCUGACGGCGGUAUUCUCAUGACGGCAUCACACAACCCAGGUGGUCCAGAUAACGACUUUGGUAUCAAGUUCAACGUCGCAAAUGGCGGUCCUGCUCCAGAAUCUGUCACCAAUGACAUAUUCAACAUCACAAAGACCAUGUCCACUUACUCAAUCGCUCAAUUGCCUGACCUCGAUUUGAGCAAGAUUGGCAGCUACAAACACGGUAACUUGCAAGUUGACGUCGUUGACUCUGUAUCUGACUACGUUGAAUUACUCAAGAGCAUUUUCGACUUUGCUCUCAUCAAGAAAUUCCUUAAUGAGAAUCCUUCCUUCAAAUUCCUCUUUGAUGGCUUGUCUGGCGUUACUGGCAGCUACGGUCAGGCUCUUUUCCUCGGUGAACUCGGCCUCUCCAAGGAUAGCGUGCAAAAUGCAACCCCACUACCAGACUUUGGCGGUCUCCACCCAGAUCCUAACCUCACCUACGCGCACGAUCUCGUUGAGCGCGUUGAGAAGGAUCAAGUCACUUUCGGUGCUGCCUCUGACGGUGACGGUGACAGAAACAUGAUUAUCGGUAAGGGUGUUUUCGUCACUCCUUCAGAUUCUGUUGCAAUCAUCGCCGACUGGGCACACGUCAUUCCAUACUUCAAAGGUGGUUUGAAGGGGUUAGCGAGAUCGAUGCCAACUUCUGGUGCCAUUGAUAGAGUCGCUAAGGCUAAGGGUGUUGAAGGAUUCGAAGUCCCAACUGGCUGGAAAUUCUUCGGUAACCUCAUGGACGCUGACAGACUGUCCAUCUGCGGUGAGGAGUCAUUUGGUACGGGUUCCGACCACAUUAGAGAGAAGGAUGGCCUUUGGGCGAUUGUAGCAUGGCUCAACAUCAUCGCUGCUGCCAACGAAUCACACAAGGGCUGGAACAUUAAGGAUAUCCUCCAAGCUCACUAUACCAAGUACGGUCGUAACUUCUUCUCAAGAUAUGAUUACGAGGAGGUUGACUCGAAUGGUGCGGGUAAGAUGAUUGAUCAUUUGCAAAACUCGUUCGCAUCCAUCCAAGGUGCUCAAUUGAAGGCGACAACAUCAGACACUAGAUUCACCGUUAAAGAAACAGGUAAUUUCUCCUACACUGACCCAAUCGACGGCUCAGUAUCCAAGAACCAAGGUCUUUACGUUGUCUUUAGCGAUGGAUCAAGAAUCGUCGUUAGAUUGUCUGGCACUGGAUCGGCUGGAGCGACUAUCAGACUGUAUGUGGAGAAGUACUCGACGGAGAAGGGUGAAUAUCAGCAAGAUGCGCAAGUUGGGUUGAAGCCACUUAUCGAGGUUGCUUUGCAAUUGUCUAAGUUGCAAGAGUUCACUGGAAGAGAGAAGCCUACUGUUAUAACCUGA